CGGGCUUUUACGAAAGUUAUUCCUGUUCGGAUUUGACUAGGGAGUAAGGAGUAGCCACUGUGUUUUAUUUAAACCGACGCAGCAAAGGCCGCGAAACACCACAGCGUCCAGAUUAAGACACAUAUAACCGACUACAGUUUUCGCCACCAAGGUCACUCUAUACGACGACUUAUACACUACAUGGUUUUAUGGUAGUAUCCCGGCAACGGCGUUCGACAAGAAGUGAGUGGCUUGCACUGCCCAUUUCCACCACGACCAGCAACACGUGGGUAGACAAAAAUGGGAGAUACGAAAAAGGAGGCGAAUGGACACAACGAUCAAGAAUCGGAGACGAGAUUAGCAAAACGACCAAGACUUCUUGAAGCUAAUCAAGUGAAAAAUAAGGCUACGGUUAUUUUAGGUGCACAAUGGGGUGACGAAGGAAAAGGAAAAGUGGUCGACAUGCUCGCCGGUGAUGCCGACAUAGUAGCCAGAUGCCAGGGAGGUAACAAUGCUGGUCACACUGUUGUUGUGGGCGACAAAGAAUAUGAUUUUCAUCUGUUGCCCAGUGGUAUCAUUAACCCCAAAUCCAAAUCAAUUAUUGGUAAUGGUGUGGUUGUACACUUGCCCCAAAUGUUUGAAGAACUUCAGAAAAAUGAAGCCAAGGGUCUUACUCAUCUGAGAGACUGUCUCUUAAUUUCUGAUCGAGCACAUUUGGUGUUUGAUUUUCAUCAACAAGCUGAUGGGUUACAAGAGCAAGAAAAAGGUGGCAAGUCCUUGGGAACAACAAAAAAAGGAAUUGGACCAACCUAUUCCUCCAAAGCCACACGUAAUGGAAUCCGCAUCGCCGACUUGUUGGGUGAUUCGCUUAUGUUUGCGGAAAAAUUGCGUACCUUGGUUGCAGCUUACCAACGCAUGUUGCCUGACUUGAAUGUGGAUAUUGAUGCAGAACUCGAAAAAUACAAGGGUUAUGCCGAGCAAGUCCGUCCAUUUGUGGUGGAGACCAUUUCUUAUCUGAAUGGAGCUGUGAAAGCUGGUAAAACAGUCUUGGUCGAAGGUGCUAACGCUGCCAUGUUGGAUAUUGAUUUUGGAACUUAUCCUUAUGUUACCUCAUCAAACUGCAGUGUCGGAGGUGUUUGCACGGGGCUUGGUCUACCUCCGUCACUUAUUGGAGAUGUAUACGGUGUAGUGAAAGCCUACACAACACGCGUAGGAGAUGGUCCUUUCCCCACGGAACAAUUAAACGAAAUUGGAGAAUUGCUUCAAACGCGUGGCGGUGAGAUCGGUGUAACUACAAAGCGGAAAAGGCGUUGUGGGUGGUUGGAUUUAGCGGUGCUGCGCCACACGCAUAUGGUUAACGGCUAUACAGCUAUCGCCCUGACCAAAUUGGAUAUUCUGGAUGUCCUACCAGAGAUCAAAAUUGGUGUCUCGUAUAGUUUGAACGGCAAAGAACUGAACCACUUUCCAACGAGUACCACCGAACUAGCUGCUGUUGAAGUCAACUACAUAACGUUGCCUGGGUGGGAGACGUCCACCGAAGGUAUCAGAACUUUUGAUGAUUUGCCUGAAAAUGCUCGCAAAUAUGUUGAAAUAAUUGAAGAAAAAUUAGAACUGCCAGUGCGGUGGAUCGGUGUAGGAAAGGAUCGAGGCUCUAUGAUUCAACUUUAUUAGUCUGAUGGGAUGUGCAUUAACUAAGGAGGUGUAGGACGGGGCGUCGUAUCUCGGGGUCGGAACAUCUGUCAUUUGGGGAACUUUUUUCAUGUUUACUAACUAUUUCUAACUGUCGACGGUAAGAUACUAGUAGUCGUUGGCGAAUUAUUCUGCCAAAAAAAAAGUGAUUGACGGUCUGUAGGCAUCCGCACAGUCAUCCGUUAUUUUUAAAUCGGAAGUAAUAUCAUCUCCGUUUUUACCUCCUCAGAAAAGCUGUUCAAUUUUUACAUGUGUAACUUUCUUCUAUAUAGGGCAUUACUAAGAACUCUCACCUCAUUCAUAUGUACUACUUUCAAAUCUUCAGUGUUUAUUUCAAUUUCUUGGCAACCUUUUGUAAUCGUGCACGUCCUGUUCACAGUACACACAUCAACCAACCGA